CUCGCUCUGGGCCACCCGGCCCCUGGGCGCAGGCCCGGACGUCUCGGCCUCUCCCGCGGGGCUCGGCUAAUCUGGCCCACCUCUCAGCCCCUCCAGGCCCCGCGCCGCCGCCCGGGCCGUGACCUCCCCGCCGCGGCCACGGCCAUGGCGCAGGAGAAAGCCGCCUUCUCGCCGGGGCCUGAGGAGAAGCCGCGGCGCCGCGGCCGCCAGCGCUACGUGGAGAAGGACGGCCGCUGCAACGUGCAGCAGGGCAACGUGCGCGAGACGUACCGCUACCUGACCGACCUGUUCACCACGCUCGUGGACCUGCAGUGGCGCCUGAGCCUGCUCUUCUUCGUGCUGGCCUACGCGCUCACCUGGCUCUUCUUCGGCGCCAUCUGGUGGCUGAUCGCCUACGGCCGCGGCGACCUGGAGCACCUGGAGGACACGGCGUGGACGCCGUGCGUCAACAACCUCAACGGCUUUGUGGCCGCCUUCCUCUUCUCCAUCGAGACGGAGACCACCAUCGGCUACGGGCACCGCGUCAUCACCGACCAGUGCCCCGAGGGCAUCGUGCUGCUGCUGCUGCAGGCCAUCCUGGGCUCCAUGGUGAACGCCUUCAUGGUGGGCUGCAUGUUCGUCAAGAUCUCGCAGCCCAACAAGCGCGCCGCCACGCUCGUCUUCUCCUCGCACGCCGUGGUGUCGCUGCGCGACGGGCGCCUCUGCCUCAUGUUCCGCGUGGGCGACCUGCGCUCGUCGCACAUAGUCGAGGCUUCCAUCCGCGCCAAGCUCAUCCGCUCGCGCCAGACGCUCGAGGGCGAGUUCAUCCCGCUGCACCAGACCGACCUCAGCGUGGGCUUUGACACGGGCGACGACCGCCUCUUCCUCGUCUCACCGCUCGUCAUCAGCCACGAGAUCGACGCCGCCAGCCCCUUCUGGGAGGCGUCGCGCCGCGCCCUCGAGAGGGACGACUUCGAGAUCGUCGUCAUCCUCGAGGGCAUGGUGGAAGCCACGGGAAUGACAUGCCAAGCUCGGAGCUCCUACCUCGUGGAUGAGGUGCUGUGGGGUCACCGCUUCACGUCAGUGCUGACCCUGGAGGAUGGCUUCUACGAGGUGGACUAUGCCAGCUUCCACGAGACCUUUGAGGUGCCCACACCCUCAUGCAGCGCCCGGGAGCUGGCCGAGGCCGCAACCCGCCUUGACGCCCAUCUCUACUGGUCCAUCCCCAGCCGGCUGGACGAGAAGGUGGAGGAGGAGGGGCUGGGGGAGGGGGCGGGCGAAGAGGCUGGGGCUGACAAAGAGCAGAAUGGCUGCCUGCCACCCCUGGAGAGUGAGUCCAAGGUGUGACCAGUUUCCU